UGAUGGUGAUGAUAAUCACUUUAUAACUAACUUGCUGACAAACAUGAUGUUGUUUUUUUCGAUCCCAAAUAAACAUCACUUGAUUGAUUGAUUUCCAUUUGUGACCAAUUUUAAUAACGGAUAUUCGAAUACGAUUUAAAAAAGUGGCAGUGGGCCACGCUAAAAAAUUAACAACUAGUCUCCAAUUCAACGAAUCAAUUUAAAGAAUUUCGGUCUCGGACUAUUUAUUUGAGUGAAAAUUGUUUGUUAAAAAAACUUCUAAAUUUAUUUUUAAAAAAAAUGAUUUCAUUUGCAAUUAUUGGAAGGAUUGUUCAACGAAAUUUACUUAGAUCAGCCAACAUGGUAGCCAUGAUUGACCAUGAUUGUCAUCAUUCCAUAUUAUGUUUAGAGUCUUCCAACUUUUUACAUUCAUCAUCAAGGCAGUUACAUAGCGAGUCAUCUAAAAAAAGACAAAAUCUAUUGCUAACAAAACGAAGAUUCUCCAAUCAUGUCCAUUAUAAUCAAAUUCAACUGGAACCAUGUCCAAAUUCCUUUCAGGCAAAUGAUGCUAUUAUCAACAUUUUGGAUACGAAAGAUCGAUCAAAAAAGCCUGAUUGGAAAAAAUUGGUGUUUGGUCAACACUGCUCUGAUCAUAUGAUCGAAAUUCAUUGGAAUCAAAACGAAGGCUGGCAAACACCACGAAUUGUUCCCGUUCAUCCAUUUUGUUUACAUCCAUUCGCCAAAGUUUUUCAUUAUGCUCCUGAAAUUUUCGAAGGAAUGAAAGCCUACCGAGGACUCGAUGGACGCAUUCGAAUCUUUAGACCAGAAUUGAAUAUGAAACGUAUGCGGCUGUCGGCAGCUCGAGUUUGUCUACCUGAUUUCGAUGGUCAACAAUUGAUGGAGCUUAUUAAAAAAUUACUAAUCAUUGAUGGGGAAUGGGUGCCUCCAUAUGAAUCCAAAGCUUCACUUUACAUUCGACCAACAAUGAUAGCAACUGACGAAGCUUUGGGGGUGUCCCCGACAACCAAAUCUAUACUAUUCGUCGUAACUGGACCAGUAGGCCCAUAUUUCAGUACAGGUUUUAAACCAGUAUCAUUACUAGCUGAUCCAAAAUAUGUUAGAGCUUGGCAAGGUGGUUCCGGUGACCGUAAGCUGGGUUCUAAUUAUGCACCUACAAUGUUAGUGCAAAGAGAAGCCAUCAAACAAGGAUUACAACAAGUGCUUUGGCUUUACGGUCCUGAUCAUGAGCUGACCGAAGUUGGAACAAUGAAUAUAUUCAUGCUAAUGAAAGAUACAAACGGAAAGCGACAAUUGAUCACCCCACCAUUGACUGAGGGACUAAUAUUACCUGGAGUAACGAGACAAUCUUUGAUCGAGCUGAUUAGGUCACAGAAUGAAAUUGAAGUGAUUGAACGUGUAAUUACUAUGGCUGAAGUGAAACAAUUGCUGGCUGAAAAUCGUCUGCUUGAGAUGUUUGGUUCAGGAACAGCAUGCAUUGUAUGCCCAAUUGGUCAGAUUCUAUUUGAAAAACAAUUGCUCAACAUACCUGAACAUGAAUUUACAUUGAAAUUGUUCAAGGAAUUACUUGAUAUUCAAUACGGAAUCAAAGAAUACGGAGAUUGGGUGCAAAUAAUUGGAUCUGCUUAAUAAUCAAUUGGUUAAUUUUUAAAUUUCAAGGAAAAAAUUAAUGACAAAGUGAAACCGACUAUCUACUGAUGAUUAAAAUCGAUCGAUGUUCUGUUGUCG